GUCGUCAUUGUGGAAAAAUGACAACAGUAUGGAUGGCUGCACCUGAAAAGAAAGGAACUCUCACGUCUGUGCCCUGUAAAGUGAGACAGAUUUGAUUAAGAGAGUGAUUAUAUCAACCAGCAAAGAAAGAUGCCAUUUAAAUGGCGGCUGAAGAAGACGCGAAAGUAUGACAUUUCCACGAAAAACCUGUUCAUCGUCGGUGUGUACCUGCUGGACAAUGCGUACUUAGAGUGUACGCUGAGUGCUGAGAGCACGGGCCAAGAAUGUCUCAACAGUAUCGCCCAGCGGAUCGAGCUCUCCGAGAGCCUGUACUUUGGCCUCCGCUAUGUGAGCAAGAAACUUCACUUCCACUGGGUGGACCUGGAGAAACCCUUGAAGAAGCAGCUGGACAAAUAUGCUCAGCCCGCCAGCCACUCGCACUGCCUCUACUUUGGCGUGAUGUUUUACGUCAUCGGGGCGCACAAGAUCCCGGACGAAGUGGCCAGGUACCACUACUACCUACAGCUGAAGAAUGACGUCAUGGACGGGAGGCUGCCCUGCUCGGUCGAGCAAGCCAUUCGCCUCGCCGCUUACAGUCUGCAAGCUGAGUUUGGUGACUACGAGCCAGAAAAGUAUUCUGCAGAAGAAUAUCUUUUAUUUCCAAAGACGAUGAUGAAAGACGAGAACACGGCCGCGGAGCUGCUGGCUGAGGCGAUCGCGGGCCACGAGAGUCUGAAGGGCGUGCCUCCGGUGAGGGCGGAGCUGCAGUACGUCAAGGAGGUUCAGAUGAUGGACGGCUACGGGGCGGAGUACUACAGUGCUAAGGACGAGUCAAGGAAGGACUUGUACCUAGGGACGUCCCACGCCGGCAUCUUUGCUCGCUACAUCGACGGCCAGUCAACAGUUUACUACAAGUGGGCCGAAAUUGCGAAAGUGACGCAGAACAAGAAGACUCUGGAAAUCGAUACCCCGAAAAGCUCCGUCCAGUUUCAGAUGGAGGACACAGACACGGCCAAGUACGUGAGCAGACUGGCCCAGCUGCAGCGACAGUUCUACAAGUCCAGCAAAGGGAACUUAAGUCAGAGCCUGACUGAUGUAAGCGUCUCUGGCCAAGCUGAUGGACAGAUCUUCAUGCUCCUCAUGCAUCUAGUUCCCACAUACAAGACAGAAGAUACGGUGUUGAGGUUCUGCAGAGCUCACAGCAGAGUCUCGAGUCCUCGACAGAAUCUCAGCAACUGCAACAGUACCCGCUACAUCAUCACCACACACAGCAGCAGCAGCAGCAGCAGCAACAGCAGCAGCACCAGACUGCUGGGCUGGAGGCUGACGCUGGCAACUCGGUCUAUCAGCAGCAGAUGAUGAGGCACGAAUCUCUCACGCCGACCCCCGACGGGGAGCCCCUCUAUGUAAACCGCUCGGCUCUUCUGCCGGCGUACAGGCCAAGUCCAGACUACGACAUGGUCAUGCAGCAGCGAAUUAUUCAUCACCACCACCAUCAGCAGCAGCAGCAGCAGGGGCAGGGGCAGACCCACUUUGAGGAGCUGACACCCCCGCAUCUCGGGGCGUCCCAAGUUUAUGUCCACCCUGACGGAAUGGCUUACAGCCAGCCGGAGAUAAGUCAGAUGACCGCAGCAUACCGCGACGAGCAUGGGAACUAUGCCAACAUGGAGGCCCUCCGCAGCUACGGUCACUACGCCAACAUCUUCCAGGACGACCAUAACUUCUACCAAGGUCGUGGUGCAGACAGGGGAAACAAUCUGGCGGUUCACCCGACCUACAGCUCCCCGGAGCUCAACACAGAACUCCACCACCAGCCUGAGGCGUUUGCCGCCAGCGAGUUCUCCGCCCAGGAAGCUCUGGCCUACCACUUCCGGCCGCCCCCGCCCUACCCCCGCACCAGCAGUAGCACCCCGGACCUGGCCGGGCAAGCCAGCGCGAUACACGAGCUCCCAGAACCCCACCUGGUGGAGACGGCCGGGCCCCACGACUUUGUCACGCAGUCACGCCUGGACCGAAGCGUGGAUGACUUGUCCGUGUUUCAGAACUUCCAGCAGACAGCUGCUGUUGGCUAUCCCCCCUCAGCGGCUGGGGUUCAAAUCUCCACGCAGCAGCAGCAGCACGCGACUGGCUCUGACACGAGUAACGGCGGCCACGUGGCUGUGCUGAACCGGCCGGUAGAGUCUGUGGGCGAGACUCCCUUAGGGGUGGGCGUGGCAGAAACGUUACACGUCACGGACUCUGGUCCCGGUGGGGCCGACGCUGGGCCGGACGCUAGCGCCAACCAGGACAAAGGUGCUCCGGAUCCCUCGUCUGCUCCGUCUAGUCUUACCGCGGGUGACCUCCCCUCGGCGCCCCUCACCGCCGCCCGGCUCCUAAGCGACGACCAAGAGGACACGUCCAGCGAACACUCGUACUCCACGUUCCACGCCAAAGACUCGGACGACAGCUCGGAAGACGACACCCUGCGCGUCAAACCAAUUCAGCAGGAGGAGUCGAAGAUUCAGAUCCGGAUGUUCAAACCACAAGAGGCCCCGCCUCCCUCGAAGAUCAAGGAGGAAGCCACGCUGAGAGAAAGCUUCCGGCGCUUGAAGAUCGCUCGCGCCAGCUCGCUCAACAGAGAGGUGCUGCCUGGUCUGCGGCGGUCGUCGCUGCGGGGCUUGAAGGAAGCGACUGAGACGGACACUCUCACACCGUCGGUUCUGAAGGUGGUCAGCGAACAGACGCAGGAGCUGCCGGGCCAGGCUAGUCUCGCACUGGCCAGUUCCUCGUCCUCCACAGGACAGGCGGCUAGCGUGGACACUCAUCAACUGAAGGAUAUUGCCACCGGAACGGUUGAGUCCCACGAAAUGAAAGAGAUCUUGGAGCGGUUGGGAGCUCCGCCUCCCUACCCCGGUGGUCUGGCCAUGCCGGAACCAGGUUCGAACCCUCUCCCCUCCCCUGCCGUGGGUGUUCAAGCCGAGGCUAGCGCGGCGGCUCCCUCUUCUCUGAUGAACAAUAACAACGUGGACCUAAAAGACCUGGAGAAACUGAUCGUGAACAAUGUGUCCGGUAAACAACAGCCGUCGUCGUCGUCGGCCACGGUCAAACGAUCCAGCUCUAUGGGAACCGCGCCGGUGGCCAGAGACACUCCGUUGCUACCUCCGCGGAGAGAAGAGCUGGUGAAGCCCAGAUCUGCCACGUACAGCCUCGACACCAAAGUGCCAAUCUCCAAGCCGGGCAUGGUGCUGUUUCACCAGGACUCGGAGUUUGAGACGUCGGUGCUGAAAUCGGAGCCCGCCCCAAAAGUGUCGGGGACAGAGAGCGACAGCGAGAGCGUGAAGUGUCUGAGCGAGGCGGGGAGCGAGCGGACGGCGGACAGCGACGAGCGAGAUGACCGCAGCGAGCACAUGGUCAGUCUGCAGGAUUACUCGAUGGGCUCCGAUAGCGACUCGGACCAGGAGAGGGGUUCCCCCGACAGCCAGCUGAGCAUGGGUCCCCUCAAGAUGGCUGCCAUGAACGGGCUGACUCUCUCCAGAUCUAUGGUUCUCUCGCUCAUGAACGACGACAGUCGGGCGCCAAAGGACGACAGGCGUCGCAUGUUGGAGAGCAAAAUCUCCGAAGGUCAAGUGUACGCCGAGUUUGAGCAAAUACCAAAGAAGUCGACCAACAACGAGUGCAAUGUGGCGCGAGCGCCGUACAACGCGACCAGGAACAGGUUCAAAGACGUCCAGCCCUAUGACUACACGCGGGUCAAGCUCACGCCAAGGAAAGAUAAUCCCGACGGUUAUAUCAACGCCUCCCACAUCAAACUGACGGCGAACGAGAACAAGUGGCUAUUUAUAGCGACACAAGCCCCGCUAGAGAACACGGCCGUCGACUUCUGGCAGAUGGUGUGGGAGAACCAGGUGGAUGUGCUGGCCAUGUUGACCCAGUUUCAGGAGCUGGGCAAGCCCAAGUGUUACACGUACUGGCCCCAGGAGCCGGGACCAGAACACAAACAGGUGUACGGGGAGUUUGAGGUGGAGCUGCUGUUUACGGACGACUCGCUGUGCUACCUGACCAGCCGCAUCCUGGUGCGCCAGGCGGGCAGUCGGAGGGAGCACCAGGUCUGGCACCUACAGUACACGGACUGGCCUGACCACGGGUGCCCCGAGGACACCUACGGAUUCUUGGGUUUCCUCGAUGAGAUUGAGUCUGUGUCGCGGCUCGCGGAAACAGAGUCUGGCCGCGGGGAAAAGUCGCCGGUGGUUGUGCACUGCAGCGCGGGCGUCGGGCGUACCGGGGUGGUCAUUCUCACCAUGGUCAUGAAGUGGUGUCUGGAACAUAACCAUAAUGUUGACCUACCGAAAGCUCUGCUAGGGAUACGGAACCAGAGGAUGCACAUGGUCCAGACGAUGGGUCAGUACCGAUUUAUCCACGACACCCUCAUCCAGUACCUCAAAAACACACGGCUCAUCUGACCCCGCUGACCCCAGCCGACCCUUGCUGACCUCAGUGACCCUCGCUGACCCCUGCUGACCUCAGUGACCCUCGAUGACCCUUGGCGACCUCGCUGAUCUCUGUGACAUCAGUGACCCUCGCUGACCCCUCCGACCUUUGUGACCUCGGCACAGGAAGAAAAAGAAUUUGUGUUGGUUGGUCGACCCUUGCCUUAGAGACACACCCGUGUGUUCACCCGAGCCCGGCUCCUUACCAGACCUGUGUGUGUGUGCGUGCGUGUAUGUGUGUGUGUGUGUGUUUGUACGUGUGUGUGUGUGUGUGCGUGCGUGUAUGUGCGUGUGUGUAUGUGUGUAUUUGUGCAUGUGUGUGUGUGUUUGGACAUUAUUUUUUGUUUUCUUUGUCAAGCCAAGAAUGAGAUUCCCCCACUAUUUUUUUGAAUACCUGAACAAACUUGCAAUGAAAUUGUUAAAGGUGUGUGCGCGUGUGUGUAUGUGUGCGCGUGCCAUUUUUCACCUUUCUGUUUUUGCUAUGUUAACAUGUGACCUUUGUUCUUGAGCAAAUGUUGAACGUUUAUGUAAUUCCGAUUUAUUGAUGUAAAUACAUGCACUUUAAUAUAAUGUGAAA